CCGCGUGUCCGUCUCAAGCGCCGGCUCCACACUCCCGGACGCGCGCCGUCUUUGUCGCCGUUCAUCGGCCGUCUCUGCCGCGGCAGGGGCUUCUCCGCCUGAAGCCGGCACCGCCGCGUGGGACGCCCUCGGCGGCGUCUCCGUCUUCGCCGCUGGCACCGGCGACGCCGUGCCGCUCAGCGACCUUUGGGACCCGUCCGAGGGGGUGGUCGUGGUCGCGCUGCUGAGGCAUUUCGGAUGCUUCUGCUGCUGGGAGCUGGCCUCUGAUCUGAAAAACUCCAUGCCGAAAUUCGAGUCUGCGGGCGCUAAACUGAUCGCCAUCGGCGUCGGGACCUCUGACAAGGCACGCAUUCUCGCCGACGGGCUGCCAUUUCCUGUGGAUAGCUUGUACGCCGACCCCGAGCGCAAGGCUUACGACGUCUUGGGCCUGUACCACGGAUUAGGCCGGACCCUCUUCAGUCCAGCUAGUGCUAAAAUAUACUCGAGGCUCGACUCCAUCAAGGAGGCGACCAAGAACUACACGCUGAAAGGCACACCGGCAGACCUGACGGGCGUCAUGCAGCAGGGUGGGAUGUUUGUGUUCAAAGGAAAAGAACUGCUGUACGCGUGGAGAGAUGAAGGCACCGGCGAUCACGCACCCUUGGAUGAUGUCCUCGGCAUCUGUCGCCAAGUUCCGGUUGCUUGACGUUUUAUCAGGCAGAUAUGUAUUGCACGGACCGAUCUAUUCGACGUCCCGGACAGACAGAAAAUGGACUCACAAGUUUCGCCUGUUUGUUUGAUAAGCCAUUGGUGGGCAGAUGUAUCAAAUUCUGCUCCGGAUAGCAUUUGCUGCUGCUCGUCAGAAAUAUGUUUUGUAAAUGUUAAAAAUAUCAAAUACUUUUGUAAAUGUUCUCGGCAUCUGUCGCCAAGUUCUGGUUACUUGA